ACCAAACACGGCAAUUCUUUUGCUGCAAAGCCUUUGACGACUCGCAAUGAACCACACUGACGAGAAUCCGGGAUAUCUCCAGACAGACCCAAGGCCCGCGCCUAGAACCCCGGAACGCGUCCGUCCCGCUGACUUCGGGCCUGACUCGCAUGUGGCACCUCCUAGCCCAACGCUCUCUGAACCGCGAACCCCACGCGCGCCACCCAGCCCGACGUUAUCAGAAUCACCGGUCACAUCUCCGCGCUUAAGCGCGCUGGCCCCCCCCGUGCGCAAGAAGCGCGGUCCAUACAAGAAGAGCACGAAGAAGCGGAAACGCGCGUACACGACACCGCUCGAGAUGCCGAUGGAGCGGAAGGGGAACUGGGUCACCAAAUACAUGGUCCCUAGUUUGUUUGAGAAUCCGCGCCCGGUGAGCGAGGACUUCGAAGCGACGCUUUUCGGGCUCUACAGCGCUAAGCGCGCGCGCGUGAGCGUGAGGUACGGGGCGGAAGUCAAGGACACGAUGGCAGCCCUCGGGCGGGCGGCUGACGCAGCGCCGCUCGAGUUUAUGCCGCUCCCCACGACGCAGCGGAUUUUGUCGGAAUAUCUUCCAGGCGAUGUUCAGGAGUUCCCCUCGUGCCCUAAGGCAUGCUCAUUGUUUGUGGGUGAGUACGACGGCGAAAAGUGUACGGUAUGCGGAAUGGCAAAGGACCCGACAAUGUCGCUCAAGUACAACAAAAUCUCUGUCUGGGUACAGUCAAUGCUCGCGAACGCGCAGCUCGCGCCUCUUCUCCAUGCGCAUGAGUCGGAAGACGCGCGCGAUACUCAAACCGUCGACUCUUUCUACACUUCUGACACCUACCAUGAUUUGAAAGCUCUCAAGGACAAACACGGUACCGCAUACUACACGGACUUUACGGUCACGCUCAUGUUACAGAUGGGCGCGGGCCAGUGGUCGCCGCGGAGCAACUCACAGUUCUGGACCGUUUCGCUUAUCAACCUCAACCUCCCGGAAGCCCUCAGACAGAAGGAGGAACUUUCGCAUAUUCUCUUCUCUAUUGGCGGGUUCCCCGAGCGGUUGGAGCUGUACCUUUUACCGGUGCACGACGAGUUAGAAGAGCUCAGCGAGAACGGGUUCAUGACGUACGAUGCGUCGCUUGGGCGCGAGGUGCGGGUGCGGGUAGUGCUCGCAGGUGUCAGUGGCACUUUCCCCACGCUAUGCGUGCCGCACGGCGUGUGUCGUGAUUGCGGCUCGACGCGCCACACGCAGCGUAGUAGCGGCUGGCUUAAAUGCACAGCACACCUCCAUCGUCAGCUCAUGGAUGAAUCCCAGCAGACCAAUAAGAUCAGUGCAGCGGCGCUCGAUAACAGCGACGCUGGUACCGGCGCAUACGCGCCGCUUCUCGCGCUCCGAUCCAUCUCGCUGCGCUCAUUUGUGCCGGACCUCAAGCUCGUGCUUCACGAGCGGUGUAUGGGUGCGGUGCUCAACCUUCUCGGCGGGUUUCUGAACGCUCCGCUCCUCCCGUCACAGAGUGCCGAGGUGUUUGGGCCGACGUGUGAUGAGUGGUACGUCGUGCAAACGCGUCUCGCGCGUGCGAUGUGGCCCGCAGUUUUGGGGCCACUCCCCAAAUUAAGCGAAGCGUACUCCGCGGAGCACUUUGAUACCGCCUUGAUGCUUCUUCCGAUUAUCUUGGAGCACCUCUCGGUGUCGGAUGACCUCAAGGCGGUGCUCUAUGACUUUUGCGCCAUUGCACGGUACCUCCAAGCCCUGUCGUUGACCACAGAGAAGCUCCGGUUUUUAAAGUACACGGCAUUGCCACGGUUCGCGGCGAGGUUCGAGCGUGCAACGUGCCACUUCGGGGUUGAGUCGCUGCAGGGGCGCAUCCUGACGCUUCAGCUUUUGGGUGUGCCGUUCCAGCACUUGGACGCGCUUGUGGACGCAUACCUUGAGUUCGGGCCCCUUCGUGGCUACUGGGGCUACGGCAACGACCACCUUUGCGAGGUGGUUACGCGCACGCAGCGCCGUGUGAAGAAGCGCCAGUCAAUCGUCUACCGCACACCACUCCUCUCGCGAUACAACUUGCUCCGCAACAUUGGUCUUGUUUCGCCGACCUGGGACUAUUUCCGCUCCGAGACCGUCCAGAGCGGGAGUCUAGCAGACCCAAUCACGUUUGCCAGCAAGAAGUACCACUACCGCAUCGCCGCGGCGCUCAAGUACCUGCACCCAGAACACAAGCUGGUUAGGCGGAUUCUCGACACAGGGUUUGAUGUUACGGGCUAUGCUUCCGGCAUGACCGUGUUGAGGAACCAAACGGUACCACUCACUACGGACUCUGUGGUGAAGUUUGUGCGUGCGGGGCAGCAGGCGUUUGGUGUCGUGCGCGCGUUCGUCACGGUAAAGUUUGCAGAACAUAUAGAUUCAUUCUGUUUGGUUGAUGAGUACACUGACAUUUCGAUAAAGGGCCAUACCCUUGAGGAUGACGACCACGAGUUUCCUCUAUUUAGAUCGCGGAAGGACACACCGGAGGGCCUUAAGCCAGAAUGUCUCGAGUUAGACGAGAUCGUGCGGCCGAUGGGGGUGGUAUAUCUUCCGGGAGAGGAACAGCAGGACAUUAUGUAUUUCUUUCAAAAGUAAUAUCUUUGGUGCUGCUAAAGCUAUGGGUUCUCGGAGCAUGACUCAGGGGCGUGACUAUAGAUUUAUUUAGUGUCUGCGGUGUGCAAAUGAUACGACUAAAAUGAUGCCAUUAUUCGUGUGUAGCUCCAUUAGAUCUGAUCCUCAGUGGUUCCUUUAAUCGGACUUAACCCUUUUUCACAAAGUCGUACUUGUUCUGGAUACCAUGUGCUACCCCAC